AUGAUAGAUGAUGCUCGAUCUUACUGUGAACAUGUUAUCUAUUACAAAAGCCUAUUCUACGCCGUAAACAAGAAAGGAUCUCUUGCAAUUUGUGAUGUUAAUGGUAUUGCUCCGCUAGUGACACUAAUGUCACCGGUAUUGCCCUUCUCUGUUUCUAAUGCUGAUGUGCUAUAUUUGGUUGCUUCAUCUGCUGAAUUAUUGCUAGUUACAAGGUAUCUUGACCUUGUACACGAUCCUUUGGUCGAAUUUGCGUCCUAUAAAACAGUUGGAUUCAAUGCUUUCCAAUUAGAUGUUAGCUCAAUUCCUAAAUGGGUUGAGGUAAAAAGUUUAGGUGAUCAAAUGUUGUUCUUGGGUACAAAUUCGUCAUUGUGUUUAUUAGCUUCUGAGUUUUCAGGAUGCCAAGGGAAUUCUAUAUAUUUCACAAAUGACUGCUCUGAAGCUAACGACGAUGGAAUACAUGGGAACCAUGAUUCGGGCGUGUUCAAUAUGGGAGAUCGUAGUAUUGAAGCAUUACCAUAUUGUACUACUGGCUAUGACUGGUCGUUUUUGCCUCCUCCUGUAUGGCUUACACCUAACCCAUGGUAAGAUUGGGUUCAUAUAUAAAUAUA